AUAACCGAGCUCGCCCUUCUCACUCACAAGAACUAUCUCCUUGAUACGGGAUAUUCUCCAAUUAGACCUAUGUAGACAAUCGAGAUCACCACCCAGAGACAUUUGAUCAAGAUGGCAGCACCAAUCAUUCGCCGGGCAUUUCUAUACGUCCCUGGAUCUUCUAGAAAGAUGUUAGACAAGUCAAGAGGCUUAAAUGUCGACUGUAUAGCUUACGACCUCGAAGACUCUGUCACUCCAGGCAAGAAAGCUGAAGCGCGUAGCAAUCUCCGUCAAUUGAUGGAGCAGCCCCGUGCUCAGGGCAUCCGGGAGCAAGCUGUUCGCAUCAAUGCUGUUGAUACAGGUCUCGCGUUGGAUGAUCUACAGGAAGUGCUCAAAGCCCCAAAUAUUGAUGCCAUCGUCGUACCCAAGGUAAACUCUGCAGCAGACCUACACUUUGUCACCGAUGUACUACGGCAUACCCUCCCCUCACGACAUCCCUCAUCAAGUAACAUAUCGGCCAAAUCUGACAAGCCGCCUCUAUCCAUAGUCGCCCUGAUCGAAUCUGCAAAAGCCGUCAUGGACCUCGACUCUAUCUGUAAAGCUAGCCCCUAUCUCUCUGGUCUCGUUUUUGCGGCUGAAGACUUCGCGACUGAUCUGUCAAUCACACGCACACCAUCACUCUCGGAGUUUCUCUAUGCCCGUAGUGCAAUUGUCACGGCUGCUCGAGCGCAUAGUCUACCUAGCACGAUUGACCUGGUAUGCACCAGCUUCAAGGGCGAAGAGGGCCUCAGAACGCUCGAGGAGGAAUGCCUGGGUGGAAAGGGAAUGGGCUUCAAUGGCAAGCAAUUGAUUCAUCCGGGUCAGGUAGAGACAGCUCAGAGGGCAUUCUCGCCUGGGGAGAAGGAGGUUGAAUGGGCGGUACGGAUACUGAUCGCAGAUCAAAAGGCUGAUGCGCAAGGUAGGGGUGCUUGGACUUUGGAUGGUAAGAUGAUCGAUGUCCCGGUGGUUGGCAAGGCCAAAUCUAUUGUUAAGAAAGCAGAGCUGUGCGGUAUUGAUGUUGCAGGCUUGAAGGAGAAACACAAGGACCAAGAACCGGAGUAGAACAGCGGAUGAACACUGUUAUACUUUCAAGCAGUCUGGGCAUCAAUGGUUCACUAUAACUGGCAUCUGGGCAGGACUCACGAGGGCUCAAAUUGUAUGAUAUAGGUGCCACUAUAUGUUCACAACAGUCCGGUAUGUUGACAUGCGCUAACUCC